AUGAGGAUUUCUGGGCUUGUGGCCUCUCUGGGCCUACUGGUGGGAUCAGGAAAAGCGAUAGAGCUGGUCCUUGAAGAUGAAGCCUCCGUCAAAGCCGCCGCCAGCACAAUAGCAUUCGGGUUAGUCAAGUACUACACCGGGAACAACACAGGAGAUACACCAGGCAACCUGCCCGAUCCGUAUUUCUGGUGGGAAGCGGGUGCCAUGUUCGGGACCCUGAUCGACUACUGGGCAUUAACCGGAGACGACUCGUACAAUGCCAUCACCGCCCAGGCCCUCCUCCACCAAGGGACCGAGAACGGCGACUUCAAGCCCCGGAACCAGACACGCACACUCGGCAACGACGACCAGGGGUUCUGGGGGAUGGCGGCCAUGUCGGCGGCCGAGAACAAGCUCCCCGACCCGCCACCGGACCAACCACAAUGGCUCGCGCUCGCCCAGUCCCUUUUCAAUCAGUUUGCAUCCCGCUGGGACGAGGAGGCCUGCGGCGGCGGACUCCGGUGGCAGAUCUUCACCUUCAACAACGGCUUCAACUACAAGAACUCCAUAUCCAACGGCUGCUUCUUCAACAUCGCGGCACGACUAGCACGCUACACAGGUAACGAGACGUACGCGGAAUGGGCCGACAAGAUCUUCGCAUGGGAGGAAAAAGUCGGGCUGAUCACAGAAGACCACACGGUGCGCGACGGCGUGCACGUCAACAUCGACACCAAAACCUGCGAGAGCAUGGACCCGAACCGCUGGACCUACAACGCGGGCAUCUUCCUGCACGGCGCGGCGGUCAUGUACAACCACACCAACGCCUCGUCGAUCUGGCAGACCCGCGUGGACGGCCUGCUGCAAUCCGCGCGCGCCACCUUCUUCAACGACGACGGCGUCGUCUUCGAGCAGCUGUGCGAACCCAGCGGGUUCUGCAACAACGACCAGCGCAGUUUCAAGGGCUACCUGACGCGGUGGCUGGCCGGCACCACGCAGAUGGCGCCCUACACCUUCGACGCCAUCCACCCGCUGCUGGAGAACGACGCCCGCGCCGCCGCCGCCGUCUGCAUCGGCGACACCCCCGCCCCGGCCUUCAAGGGCCACUCCGGCACCGCCUGCGGGUUUAGCUGGACCACGCCGGGUCGUUUUGAUGGGUCCGUUGGGGUGGGCGAGCAGAUGAAUGCGCUGUCGGCGGUCAUGUACACGCUGGUGGGUCGGGUGGCGGCGCCCGUGACGGCAGAUACGGGCGGGACGUCGAAGGGGAAUCCGAAUGCGAUGGAGCAUGAGGAGCCGUUGGGGUAUAAGGAGAUCACGUUGGGGGAUCGGGUCGCGGCGGGGUUUGUGACGUCCGCGUUGGCGCUGGGGGUGGUGGCCGGGUCUGCGUUCGUGAUGAUAUAG